GGGCAGCAUGGCGGGAGGUGGGGGGCGGGGGCGGAUUCCCCACCCCCGAGGGGCAAGAUGGCGUUGCCCUUGGCGUGUUCUCUGCGCCUGAGCCCCUGGGGGGUCGGGCGACUGGGGGCCGUUGUUAUGGGGGUCUGGAGAGGCCUCAGUUUCCGUCUGGAAGAGAAGACCGCCCACAGCAGCCUGGACCUCUUCAAGGGAGAGACGGGCGUGAAGUACCGGGCGGUGGGACUAGACCCCACCAAGGCGACCCCCAACAUGGAGCGCUUCCGGGAGUGGGCGGUGGUCCUGGGCGACACGGCCGUCACCGGCGGUCGCCACUACUGGGAGGUGACCGUGCGGCGGUCCCGGCGUUUCCGCAUCGGCGUGGCCGACGUGGACGUGUCCCGCGACGGCUGCAUCGGCGUGGACGAGCGCUCGUGGGUCUUCGCCUUCGCCCAGCGCGGCUGGUACGCCAUGCAGGCCAACGAGAGCUCCCCCCUCGUGGGCAUCGGGCAGCCGGAGCGCGUGGGGCUGCUCCUGGACUUUGAGGCCGGGCAGCUGGGCCUGGUGGACGUGGGGCGAGGCACCACGGUGCACACCCUGCACGCAGACUUCCGGGGCCCCGUGGUGCCCGCCUUCGCCCUCUGGGACGGGGAACUCCUCACCCACUCGGGGCUUGAGGUGCCCGCGGGCCUCUAACCAGGGGAGCCGGGGGGGCACGUGGUGGGGCAACCCUGUCCUGGGCUCCCACCCGGGCCAUCAUCAGGUCACAACCCCAGUUACCCCUUUCCACUGCCCCGGCGCUCACCCCAACACACGGGCAGUAGUGCAACAUACCAUCGCCUCCCUCUCCCUGGGCCACCGGGGCUACAUCAGCGGGUUCUCACUGCUGGGUAUUCCAUCCGGUGCGCUUAGUACUGCCGGCGCUCGGCCUUCACUCAGCUUUAAUCCCAACACUGUGACUCCGCCCUAGGCUCCGGCCACCCACCCCGACUACCUCUGACCGGCGGAGAGGACUCCAUCCUUUCCUGUCCCUGCCUCCCUGGCAUGAGCAAGGCUCCAGGCUUGCCCCACUCAGUGCAGUGUUGAUACUACACCCGCAAGGACCGGAUCCUCGGCCCAGCUGCCCCCACUACCCGGUUCCAGGCUGCCCCUGCGGUCCUGCCUUAACCUGUGUCCGGUUGCCCGCACUGCGGACUUUCCCCUCCAUCCUGCCUUAGCGUGCAGCCGGCCACCCGUCGCCUGGUAUCGCAGUACCCACAGCCCGGCCCGGAGAGAGGGGAGAGACAACGUAUGGUGGGGGCUGGGAAUCCCUGUUUCCCACCCCACACUGGGAUUUCUGGAAUUGGAAGGUGGAAGUGCUGAGGGGUUUCUUCCCACAGCUCCAACUCUGGAGCAAUCAAAGGUCUUGGGCACCACCACUACGAGUAGCUUGUGGGAUUGUGUUUUCUCUGAGUGUGAGUGUGUGUGUGUGUGUGCGUGUGCUAGUCUGGUCACACAGCUCAGAUCAUUUUUACCUGGGCUGCUGCAAAGCAUGCAUUUAUGUAAUUAAAGUUUAUUUGCACACAAAA